CAUGAGAUUCAGGAUUCUCCAUGUACGAAAAAGAUGUGAGAAGAUGGGUCGGCUUCCCUGUCUUCUCAUCUGGAGGAGUCAACAACUGAGGGAACUUGUCCUAGUACAAGUAUGGUGUUUGAUUUUGACAGAAAUUCAUUUCCUUGUCUUGUGAAGGUAUAUGACUCUCUAGAAGCUGACUUGAAGCUGAAUGAUGUUUUUGAGUUUGUGGGUGUCCUCACUUUUAAUCUGGAGCCUAGUGUAGACAAAGAUGAUUCUGAUGAGUUCACAAGUACUUUAUGUGAAGAUGAAUUGUCUCAUUCGCCUCCUAGCAAGGUUUUGAAUAUAUCUUUUGUUUGCAGAUAUUUUGUCCAGGGUACAAGGCUUGUCCUCAUAGUCACAGUUCUUGUGCAUGCCAGGGUUAACACACUUGCAGUAGGGAAGAUUUCACUAAAUCUUACUGGUUUUAAUAAGGAAAAUGUGUCUAUUUUUGGCAAUCGUCUUAACCUUGCUGACAAAAAUCUUGUGCCUUUCACUCAUUUUAUACCUCUUACCGUGGAUUAUCUCAAUACUGCUUCACUUUCCCCAAGAAAGGAUUACGAAACAAACAGACUGGUGUCUGGAGUUCUGCAACUAGCUGAGGGCUCGCACAUGAUGAUUGAUGAGACAUAUUUACAAGCAGGGACACUCAACUCUGUCGGGGUUGAGAACGCAAGAUUGAUAAAGAAUCUAAUGGAGUUGCAAAAAGUGGAGUAUGAUUUUAAGUACUAUAAGAUGGAGAUGGAAGCGGAUGUCCAAUUACUAAUUCUUUCUGAGGGGAAAUCAAACAUCCUGUCGGCUGAUCUGGUUCUUCCUUUCUGUCCAUUGUCAGUGGAGUCCUGUGAAAUUGGGGAUGCAGAAGCUCUAAAAGCUUAGAGAUGGUACUUGGCUAGUCUAAAAUCAUUACCUCGUUCCAUCGAGCUAGACAUGCAAAAGGUAUGAGUUGACUGUCUCCUUUGGCUAUACAUGAGUAGUUUGUAUUUUAAUAAGAUGGAUUUCCAUUUGCUAGGAAGAAGACAAAUGUAAAUCCUGUGUUCUAAGGGAAUGCAAUUUCCAACUCUAGGGACAUGUUGCCACUUAAAACUGACAAAACUGGGUAACCAUGUUGCUGAGCAUAGGGUAGUAUGAGUGAAAUGUUAACAGUUGAUGGAGCCCGCGCAAUCAGCAUAACUGUUUCAUGCCAAGGAAAAAGCAUUUGGGUAUUGUUUUGCUUGGCAAUUAAAUAUCAUAUUUGACUUGCUCCUGGGAGCAAAUAUUAAAUUACUUUUACUCUGAAAAUAAUUCUUUUGAAAUUUCAUUAGAGGCGGAGGAGAGGAUGAAAACGAUGGGUCUGGUGUGCAGGUCUUGGUUGGAGGCUGUGGCUGGCCCAUAUUGCUGGACCGACAUCGACAUUGAGCAAUGGUGCCGCAGGUCUAAUCACCCCCUUCACCUCGUCGACACCGCUGUCAGGAAGCUCGUCCGUCGCAGUAAAUGCACCUUCACCCGCGUCUCUGCUUACAAGCUCGGCGACUUUGCCUUCUCCUUCAUCGCCAACUGGUAUGUAUACAUAUACACACUCACAAGCAAACCCACUUUCAUUUUGUUUUAACAUAAUCAUAUGAGCAUUUACGUGUUGCUUUUUAUACAAGAAAAGAGAUGAAUAUGAGUUUGAUUUUUUUAAUGUUAGAGGAGUUGCCCCCAAUGUGGUUGAUUUGCCCUGUAUUCUCCAUUCAUUGUUUAGAAAUCAAAAUUUGAUAUAAUAGAUUCAGUGUGCCAUCUUUUGUAUGACUCGUGAAAAAAU